UUAGAUAUCACAUGAUCUUGAAAAAUGGCAUCGCCAAACAACAUUCAAGCUGCUUGUUAUGUGGCUGAACCAGAUCAAUCACCACCACCUCAUGUUGUUCAAGAACCUCCCACUAACGAAACAGCUGAACUAGACUAUGACUUUGUCGAGCAGCCUGACCAAGACUACUUCUGUCCUGUGAGCUUAGAGCUACUUGUUGAGCCACACCAAACGUCAUGCUGCGGCCAUCACAUCUCCCAGCAAGCUGCUAACAGACUCAUAAGAGAACGAAAGCCAUGCCCAAUGUGCAAAGAAGACAACUUUGCUACUCAUGAGGACAAGUUCUUCAAACGCAAUUGCAUCAACAAGCUUAAGGUUUACUGCUCCCACAAGAAGAGUGAGUGUGAGUGGACGGGGGAACUGGGGGACCUGAACCACCACACCACUGCCUGUCCAAAACGUCCCUGGAAGUGCCAGUAUUGUGAUCAUGAAUCGAUCUACGAGAUGGGACCAACUGACCACACCCCCAACUGCCCCAACUUCCCCCUGCCCUGUCCCAACCAAUGUGAGAUUGGUACCGUCCCUCGCUGCCAAGCUGAUAGCCACCUGCUGGAGUGCCCCCUACAACUAGUGGAGUGUAAGUUUGCUGGUACUGGAUGUAACGUGAAGGUUCCUCGAAGAGAUAUGGCGGGUCACAUGACAGAGAAUGCCCAACACCACCUCAUGACAGCCACCCUCCUCAAUCUGAGACUCACGAGAGAGCUACACCAGAAAAUGGAGGAGAAAGAUCAACAGAUUACUGAGCUGAAACAGCAGAUGACAGAUAAAAUCGCAGCUCAGCUUGAUCAGCAAAAAGAAUAUUUUGAUUCCAAACUACAAAACCAAACCGAAACUUUCGAUGCAAAGUUUCAGCAACAAGCAAUGAAGCUAAACACCAUAGAGGCUAAUAGUUCAUUUCUUAGAUAUUCUAUCGGCUUACCUGUUAGAUUCACUUGUCACAAGCUUACUCUUUCCGAAUUCAAGAAAUUUCAGGCAGAGGGACGUAGCUGGUUUAGUGAACCUUUCUACAACUACCCAGGAGGGUACAGAUUCAAACUAAACAUUGACAUCGAUGAAACGAAUUUGUCGGCUUAUCUCUAUUUGUUAAAGGGUGACUAUGACGAUGAGAGGCAAUGGCCUAUAAAAGUCACAGUGCGCCUAACCAUGCUCAACCAGCAAAGAGACAACAAUCAUCACGAAUGCCCAGUGAUUGAGGUCAGGUACCAGCAAGCAGCAGGAGAAAAGUUCGUGUGUAUCGAUGAGGAAUACUUCCCUCUUAAUCGAUUACAAUCAUAUGUUCGUAUUAAAUACUUGUACAAUGAUAGCAUCAAAUUUAAACUAGAGCUAAAAAUAAAACAUUAACUUGAGAGGAACGUGAAUGUUUUAAUUUUCCUGUACCUGUAUAUUAUUGUUGUUUUACGUAAUUAUAUUAUGAAUCACCUUGA